GCUUGUGCAUCCCAUGCCCUUUGUCAACACGCGAUAUUCUGCCUUUUGGUACGGCAUGCCCAAAUAUUGAUCGGCAAGUCUCGGUUUGGGCCCUAAAGUAGACUUUUAAAUUACGAUGGAAGAAUACGCGAGAGAGCCGUGUCCAUGGCGAAUUGUCGACGAUUGCGGCGGAGCCUUCACGAUGGGCUGCAUCGGGGGCGCCGUUUUCCAGUCCAUCAAGGGCUUCAGAAACGCACCUUCAGGGUUCAACAGAAGAUUAGCUAGCAGUCUUACAGCAAUCAAGGCAAGAGCACCAAUAAUCGGCGGAAACUUUGCUGUCUGGGGUGGCAUGUUCUCAACCAUUGACUGCACGCUAGUUCAAAUCAGAAAGAAAGAAGACCCCUGGAAUUCCAUUAUCAGCGGGGCCGCAACUGGAGGCAUCCUUGCAGCCAGAAAUGGUCUUCUGGCCAUGGGAGGAAGCGCAGUAAUUGGAGGCGUUCUGCUCGCCAUGAUCGAGGGCAUUGGAAUUCUCAUCACCCGAUUCUCAGCAGAGCAGUUCAAACCAAUUAAUCCCCAAAUGGAAGACCCCUCGCAGCUUGGACCUCAGCCUAAUGCUCUUUGAAGACCUGCUUUUUUAUUUAGGGUAUGAGUGAAUGCAUGUAUGCGUGUAAAUGGAUGCAGUUGUUAUGAACGGAGUCAUUCAGCCAGUGAUCGAGCGUCGCCACUUCCUUGCUGGUAAACCAGGUUGAGUGAUCUGCUUUAGUGCUGUUUGCUCUUAAUUGAAUAAAUAUGUCAUCAAAUUCUUGUAGAAACAAA